AGUCUUCAAACGACGUUGACGCCAGACGCCGUACGUCGUCGUCUCGACGCUUCUCUAUACUAAACGACGAAACUUUUACGCGAUAUAUCUUUGAAUAUAUUGAACAAAAAUUUUUGCUCUAAAAGUUUCCACGAAAACGCGAUUAUAUAUUAAAAAUUUGUGUAUAUAUACAAUUAAUUGACAAAAAUCGACUUUGCGAAUUUCUAAUAAUAACCCAGAUUUUUGGUACAUCGAGUGAUUUUAAAAUAGAUUUCUACCGGUUUUGAAGAAAAACUAACCUAAUUUCAGUUUUUUUUUUGUAAAUAUACUCAUACAAAUAAUGUGAAUGUUUUUAAAAACACGUGGUACAAAAGAAACUGUGUUUGUUUGAAAAAAAAAUAAGUUCGACAACAAAAAUUAUUCUUUAUAGAUGACUGAAAUGAAGAACUUGUUAACGAUGAUUCUAUUUGCUUCUUUGGUUUUUGUAGCAGCUUCUUCAGUUCUUACUACAGUGGCGACUGAAUACGAAGUUAGAGCUUUUAUUGGCGAUACGGUAGCUCUACCUUGCAGAGUCGACAUUCAACAAUGCGGGCAAUUACACAGUGUCAAAUGGUACAAAGAUGCUAAUAGAGUCUACGUUCUCAGUCAUCAUGGUUCGGGAAGGGCCGAAGGUGGCGCUACCGAAAGAAUGACAGUGGAGUACACCAAUGAAACUAAUGGUGCAGUUUUGAAGAUAUCUCCAGUUGAAGGUGAAGACGAAGCAACGUAUAAGUGUGAAAUCACCUACCUCGUAGUCAAAGAAAAUUGCGAUGUCAUUCAAAUCGUAAAAUUGAAAACUUUGAAGAUACCUGAUGUUAUAAAAAUUCAUCGAGGCGGAGACCAUACUCCAUUACCUAACGCCACUGUUAUCGGACCAUUAGAAGAAGAAGACGAAAUCGAUUUGAUUUGCGAAGCUACCGGUGGUAAACCGACACCCAUCGUUUCGUGGUACAACGGAACCACCUACUUAAAACGGGCUAAAUAUGUAGUAGCCAAAUCGAAAGACGACGUAGAAAUGGGAAUGUCAACACUGCGAUUAAACCUCAAAAGGGGUGAUUUACUGGCGCGUUUCGAGUGCAGGGUCGAGAGUGAAGCUCUUGAACAGCCAAUCAUAUCAUGGGUACAAAUCGAUGUAAACGUUCGACCACUCACUAUCAAUUUAACGGGUGUCGAAAAUCACGUGGUGCAAGGUACGAACGUCAAGCUGGAUUGUAAAGUCUCCGGUGCUAGACCGCCAGCUACUAUACGUUGGACCAAUGGAUCAUCUUCUAUUAACGAAGAAGACUUCGAUCAAACGAUUAUGGAGUCGCCUAUAAGCAUGAAACAAAUAGAAGAGAAAGACGGAACCUUUACGACCAUCAGUUCACUGUCGUUCAAAGCUUCGCACUGGGAAAACGGCAAAACAAUAUUUUGCUACGCUGAAAACGAAGUUAUGAGAAAAAAUUCCGAACCGGAAUAUCACAGCAACUUGAUUCUAGAUGUUCGAUACCCACCAGUCAUAACAGUGAAACCCACAUACGCAGAGACUAACGAAUCUACUGAUAAUAACGUCACCUACGCUUUUUUCCAAUGUGUAUAUUUCGCAAACCCCCAAGAGCUCAAAGUAGCCUCAUGGUUAAAAGACGGUAAACCGCUCGUACUAAACGACACGAAGAAGUACGUAGGAGGUACUACUUUAAAUCCACCGCUGUAUAUUAUGAAUGUUACCCGCGAAGAUAUGGGGGACUACGCGUGUUCGUUAGGAAAUGAAAUAGGAACAGAAAUUUCACCAGAUGUCGUUACUUUGAACGUGAUAUAUACGCCUGAUGUGGAAGUGGUAAUGGAUCCGUCUACACCGGUUAAAGCUUCAGACAAAAAGACAGUAUUAAUUACGUGCAAUGUAACUUCCGGAAAUCCAACUAACCUCACCAAGGUCCGUUGGUAUCUCGGAGGUGAAUUGAUGAAAGAGUUUCCAGAAUGCAACUACACGAAUAUCGACGAACACGGUAACGGGGAAGGUAAUGGCGGUCCUUUUUGCGGUCUCGAUCCCAGUAUUCUGAGUCUGGAACGCGUGGACGAAUCAUUCGCUGGCAACUACACUUGUAAAGGAAUGAACGCGGGCGGUUGGGGACCUGAAUCCGAGCCACAGGAAUUGAUCGUUUAUUAUGCUCCUGGUCCAGCGAAAAUUAGAUACUCACCGUCGAAGGUCGUCAAAGGCGGAUCCGUCAAUUUGACAUGUACCGUCGAAUUCAACGGAAGACCGGACAACGUUAGUUACGUGUGGCAUAGGGGAUCACACGUUUUGUCGAAUGUUACACAAUCGGUAUAUACAAUUGCAUCGGCUGGUUUGGAAACAAGGAAUAAUUUUUCCUGCGCUGCCGAAAAUGAGGGUGGCAGAGGGGCACAAGCUAGUGUUUUUGUCAACGUCUACGCUGCGCCAGCAUUUACGAAGAAACCACCGACGUAUCAAGGGAUUCUUUAUACAUCGAAAAAUAUAAAUCUAACUUGUAUCGUUGAAUGUUAUCCGCAAUGUUCUAUAGUGUGGUAUAUAGAUACAGUCAAGUUAGAUACUACGAAUAAUCAUUUAUACACGAUCGAAACUCAUUUUUUACCAUCAAAUCUACAGAAAAACGACUUCGAAUCUAUCAAUUCUACUUUGAUUUGGAAUAUGUCUGCUUGGCCUGGGAAAAUGUUAAACAAAUCCGCAGCGAAUACCAACUACACGUGUCAGGCUACUUCGAAUAACAUCGGAGCCGGGGUUAGUUCUACUGCUGAAAUCGCCGUCGAUUAUCCUCCAGAAGAUGUCGAUACUAGUUUAAAAAUAGUUAACGUUAAUGAAGGUGAAAAACCCGCGGUGGUGAAAUGUUUCGGUAAAGGCAGACCAACACUCAGUUACCAAUGGAGAACGAAUUAUACUUCAGAACCAAUAUCCUCGAACGAAGUAUUGGAUUUACAGAAAAUAACUCGUAGCGAUUCGACGGCCUACAUUUGCGAAGCAUCCAACAAACACGGUUCUAAUACUUCAAUCGUCUACUUUAAUAUCCGAUACGCACCAGAAUGUAGUAUAACACGUGUCGAAAAAGACGGUCAACCUGCCUUGGUAUGUACAGCACUCGCUAAUCCUCAGGAUAUGACUUUCCUUUGGAGAGUGAAAGAAGGCAACAAAACUUCAAUCGAAACUAAUAACAUUAUACAGGAGGGAGUGAAAAGUUAUCUCUUGUUAGAUUCCAGCGUAGAGAACGACAGGAAUUAUUAUUGCAUAGCCAAUAACAGCAUAGGUUUUAGUGAUUCGUGUCAAGCGCAAGUAAACGGGAACCUCUCUUGGUGGAAUCAAGAUAAGAUGAUCAUUAUAAUAGCCUCGGUUGUCGCUAUUAUUAUUUUCGUGAUAAUAAUAUGCAUAAUUAUUAUCAUUCUUUGCCGAAGGAAGAGAGCUGAUACAAAGUAUAACAGUCCAUUGGAAAUGGAGGAAAGAGAAAAUCCCGAUGGUCAUUCGCCGGAUUCUUCCGAUCAGUCGAGAUGGCCUCUGCAACCGGGCGUUUUGAUUCACAUAAACAAAAUGAACAACAUCAGUAUAAGUCAACUAUCGCCAAGAAUCACCCCGUAUAAAAGUACUUCGGUGACAACAUUGAGAAAAUUCACCAAAUAUUCCAAAUAUAAGAGAAACAAAUCGAAAAUUUACGCUAGAUUGGAAAGGAUAGCGGAUUUUUUAGGCAUGAGCAGAGGACGAGAACGAAUUCCUAGCGGGAUAAAAGAAAGUGCCAGUGGAGUUAUGACAUUUAGAAAAGUGCAACCUAAUCCAUCGGUUCACAAUCCACGAAUACGAUCCAGAAAAAGAAAAAAACCAGGAUCAACGCCCAACAUGUCUUCUACCGAAGAUAAACCGAGGCUGGGGGGUGGCCUACCUCAUGGAGGUACUCCAAACCCCUUAAAUGAUCCAGACAAGGGAUUCUACGAAAAUCUUCCGUUCCACGGGAUGCAAAAUCCAACCAGUAAACCUUUCAGGCCCGAACCUUGUGAACUCGAGUAUGCGGAUAUUGAUUACAAAUCUUACGGCCCAAUAGACUAUAAGGCAGCUUCCAUCUAUGCCGCUAUGAAGAGAAACAAAAAUAAUAAUAAUAAUAAUAAAUUCGAACAAGUCAACAAAGAGGAUCUUCUAUGAACUAGUUUUUGAUACGUUGCUGUGUUUUUAGGACAGAUUUGUACACGUGAAAUUUGGAUUUUUUUGUGUGUGAAAGUUUUGUUUUAAUUUAUGAAUUCAAUAAAUCGUGUUUCUUCAAAAAUUAAUUGAUGGUACUACAUAACGAUUUCAUAAUAUAAUGAUAUACAUUAACUGAAAGUUUUCAUACUCAGUUUCUAACGUAUUGAUAUUAUUGAGUAUUGAUAUUAUUUUUUGGAAUUUUUCCGGGUUUCCGAACUCCUUAAGUGGACCCCGUCAUUAUUUUAGUCCCGGGCCUUAUAAAUCUUAAUCCGGCCCUGUUUAUUCUAGCUUUUAAAAUUCUAUAAUAUGGUGUGUUGUUCUAAAAAUCUGAUAAUUUGUUGAGGAAACACGGUUUAAUUAUUUUGAAAACCACUAAAGAAUCCAAAUAUUAAUUAUAACUGAUGUAAAAAAACUCGGACUCACCUUAAUGCUGAUAAAUAGCAUUAUUUUAAACGAUUUUAAAUGUUGUUUUAAAUAAAAAAAAUAAUCUUAUGAAGUUUGUUAGAAAGGAUUAUAUGUAAAUAAUAAAAUUUUCUAUUUUGUCAAUCAAUGUUUAAUGUUUUUAAACAUAUCGAGAAUCAUACAUUUAAUUAUUUGUCUUUAACUGCCAAACGUAUUUGGUGUGAUUAUUUUUUAUACCCCUUAUGAUAAAUUUAAUGUCUAAUUUUGAAAUCAAAUGCAAAUUUUCAUAUGAAUUCUCAUCAAAAGAAGACUAGUGCGAUUCCUUGUCUCAACGUUUUUAGAACCAAAGUUUUAUCGUAUAAAACUACAUUGCAGCAUUUUUUUAUUAAAUAAAUCCACCAUUGACGUCGUUGAAUCCGUAAAAUUCUUAGGGCUUGUUGUCCUGCUUUGCGCUGAGAUCAGUUCCCAAAGAACUGAACUUAUCCACUUUCUCAACAGUCUAUUAUGUCCUUAUUGAGUCGCAUCUCCGAUUUGCUCUGUCCUUCUGGGAUACGUGUAGUACCUACGAUAGUUGCGAAACGUUUCUAUAAAAAGAGACCCCAAAAUCAAGACAGGUAAUCACAAAAUUAUUUACCGCUUCAAACACAACUAAAUAGCUGAAAAUAUAGGUUAAGGUUUUUUGCCUAAAAAAAGCUACACGACAUUUAGUUCCAACGCUGUAUUAAUUUAAGAUGACGUUCCAUUCAACAUGGGGUAUCACGUGACCUCAUUUGGCGUUCUAACACAACAUGGAACGUCUACAUGACAUUGCACAAUUUAUUGGAUCAUAUGUCAAAACCAGGAAUCAAUCACACUAAUCAUGAUCAGAAUGUUGUUUAAGUAAUCCGAUUCAGAAACAUCGAGUCAUUGCCUUUCUACUCUAAUUUAUCAAACGAUAAGUCAUGUCAUGCGAUGACAUCACAACCAGCCGCCAUAUUGAGGACAAAUAUUGCGUUAUUUACAUUAAAAUUAUUAUUAGUAAUGGUGUUAAAUUUAUAAUUAAACUUUCUGUAAGGUAUUUCUGCAAUAUUUAUUUAGACGUUUCAACUAUUUCGUUAAAAUUAACUCAAAUAUAUGAAAUUACAAAUAAACAUGUUGUUUUUUUUUUCAAUUUCACUUGACUCGGGAUGUUAUGGAAAUUUGCUUUUGUGUCCACUAUGUUUCCUUUUUUGAUUUUUUUUUUUAUAAACUAGCUUAUUUAUAAGUUUUGACUGGUUAUUAUGAAAAAAAACUCAUUUUCAGUUAGUUAGUUUCACUGAAUGUAUCAUAAUUCAGAUAUUUACGUGUAUGUUUAUUAUAAUAUUACCAAAAAACACUUUUUUAUCAGAAUUCAGAAGUGGGAUUAGGAAAUAGAUGAACUAAGAACCCAAAUGUCAUACUGUUAGUUCAAGAGACUAUAUUUCAGUAAAAUAGUACUUUUGACCAUUUCUUAGGUUAGGAAACCAAUCCCUUCGAAUUAUUUGAUCGUAUUAAACACAAUACCUGCAAAUUUUUUGUUCAGUUCAGAUUUUAUUGAACAAAAGAUAAACAUAUGCCAAUUUUCUAGAAAUUGUCUUUUCUAAAGAAACAAAUAUCACAAAAUUCACAAAGCAAAUAGUUUUUUUUUCCAAAUUUUUAAUAGCACAGUUUAUUUUAGUUGCAGUAAAAAAACUACCCUCAACUUUCAACUGGUGGCAGUAAUAUUUUUAUAUACAAAUACGAAUGCAAAUAACAGAAAUAUGUACAGGACAUUUCAAGACACGUCUAAUCAGUAUUAUGAUACAAAAAUUUUUAGUUAAUGAGUAUAAUUUAUAAUUAUUUUGCUAUUUUUAACAAUUUUUUUAUUAUUUUAUCAUAAUCGUUUUCAAAUUCCAAAUCUAUAUGGAGUACCAACUUUAAUAUAUUUUUUUUUUCAUUAUUUUAUAUCGUGUGUCCACAAUUAUGUUUUUUUUUUUAAACAAACAAGACAAAAAUGUACAUACAAAAUGUUUAAAAAAUUUCACACAUCUUCUCAUCAUGCUUUCUCCUUUCCAUAAAAGACAAAUCAAUUAUUUAUAACAAAGCUAAAUUUGUAUUGAAAACCUGACGUGGUUUUUCAACUCAAAAGUGUCCAAUCUGUGGACAUACCUUAUAAGUAAUCCUAUGAGAUUUUAUCAUACUUUUACUUCCUUUUACCAAAGAUUUUCAGUUUAUAAUCAAUUUUUUUUAAUACUUUUGUUAGAGUUACACCCGUAAUGGCCUUGUAAAAAUUCUUAGGUAUAAUCGGUAAUAUCUUAAACAUUUCCUUUAAUACUUCUUGUCCACUGGUGGUACUAACAAGUAACGAAUUUAGACGAACGCCACACAGGAAGCAGCUGACUUCAGGUCCAUGACCUGUUUGGUUCGUUGUUACGAAUUUGAACGAAUUAUAUUUCAAAGGCAUCCGCUUCCAGUGAACAAGAGACUUUAAACUAAAUUCUUAGAAACUAGAAAUUUAAUUUUAUCAAUAAGUAGAUAUUUUUGUAUAAUAUACUGAGUUCAAAACAAGCAAUACUAUCGAGAAUAUUGUCUAUCGUUUUUAAUUUGAUUCAUUUGAAAGAACUUAUUCGAAUUAUUACUAAUUGAGCAAUAUUUUCAAAAAUAUCUACAGUAUUAUUAAAAUACUAGACAUUAUAUUUGCAACAUGCUCAAAAUAAUGUAUUUUCUAAACAUUUUUAAAUUUUUAAUUAAUCUUACAAAAUAACUCCACACAAAAUUAGUGUAGAAUUUUUUGAGAAAGAGACAAACAUUUUCUUAACAAUUACUUUCCAAAAUUUUCUUUAAUUAAAAAUUUAACCAAUUGUUUAUCUUUUCAGUUUGGUCGUUAAUGUAAAAAAUACAAAUAUCAGAAAUAAUAACAAGUGGAGUUAUCUUGUGUUCUAUAACUUCAGUUGAGUGCCAAAAUAUUGUAAAAUAUGACGUCCAUAACUUUUAGAAAACUUAGUGUGGUGCUCCAGAAUCAUGUUUAUUAUUAAGAUUAAAAUAUAUGCUAGGACCCAAAAGAAAAAAUAAUUAUAGAUAAGCAGUUGUUUCAUUAACUUUAUUGUGAGCAAAAAGACACACGGGACUUUGUUUUAUAAUAUCUAGUAAUUCAUAUAUUGAAAAAAAAAUCAAAAAAAUAUGCUAUGAAGCUUAGAAGACUACUGAGUUAGUUGGAUGACAUCAAACAAAACAAUGUUGUAAGCAUGUUAAGCCUAGGACUGUCGAUAAAAAAUCGAUAUAUCGAUAUAAAUCUCUUUAAUUUCUUAUUUCUCAUAUUAAUGCAUCCAAAUGUUCUUGAUUUUAGGUCUCUUCUGAUUUAAAAUUAGUUUCUUUUAUUAUUUGAAGUUUCGACUUCUUUUAGUCUGUAUCAAAAUAUUUUAAUAAUGACUAAAAGUAGUCAAAACGUCAAAUUUUCAUCUGUAUUUCAAAGAUUAUUAAAAAAACAUUUAGAAGCUGCAAUAUAUCGAAAUAUCGAUAUUUAUUACUAAUACUUUCUUGAAAGGUAUAUAUUAUUUGCAUAUUAUCCUUGUAUAAAAAAAAAUACUGUAAAAAGUGUAUCAUCUAUGGUCUGUUAUAAAAACAAUACAAAUUUUUUAAACUUGACUGAUCAAAUAGAAUGUAUUGUGACGAAUUUCAAACACUCAGUUAGUGAUUCUGAUCAAUUACGAUCUGAGCAAUUAGCAAAAUAUUUCUGCUCGUGCAACCAGUUCUUAAUCAUUGGAAUUUUUGUUUAAACAUGACGGGGAGAUUCUUGAAAUUAUCUUCAAUUGUCGCAAAGGUAUUAGCAUCAAGAACUAAGAUUAAUGUACCUGAUAUGAUAACUACUAAAACAUCAACAGCUAUUGGAGUGUCAGUGCGAAAUGGUAUCGGAAGGUAUUGAAGAUAGAUUAGUGCCUUGACAUGAAGAUAUGCUCUUGAAAAAUAUGUCUAAUGCCAAUGAAGUUUUGAUACAAUACCUGCUGAGUUUAAGCAGUAUUUAGAUCAACUAAAUAUUUCAAGGUCAUCAAAUGGACUAAAAUUUUGGAUCGAUAGUAGACAUUUCACUUCGCUGUACUAUCAGAAACGGCUGUUAAAUUUUUGAUUUCUUCUGCUACAUCUGUACAAAUUACUUCUACAAUCUUUUAGUGUCUGAUAAUCGUAGCAGUCAAAAAGCUACACAUAUAAAACAACUAGUAUUUAUAAAAACUCUCAACUCAUAAAUUUUGGUACAUUCAUAAUUAAAUUUGCUUAAUAAAUAUACUGGAUAAGGAUAAGGAUAAGAUAAAAUCGAAAAAACAUCGAUAAAUCGAUAUAUCAAACUCCGACGUUCCUAUAUUCAAAAAAUCGAUUUAUCGAAAAUCCGAUAUUUAAAAAAAUAUUAACGGUCCUAAUUAAGCCCAGCUAGGCUUCUUUUCGACAGAGUAAAUAAAAAUUAUUAAGUAAAACAUGAAACUUUUCAAUCAAUUGAAAUUUACAUCAUUCAUUUCUCAAAGAUUUUAUUGAGAUAUUUUUUCAUAUUUUGUGCAUGAAUACGAAGUAAAGUUUGGCUUUAAUAAUAAUUAUUUUCUUAUUUGGGUGCUACCAUGACACUUUGUACUUAAAGUACAUUCAAUUUAGAUAUUGUAGAACCAUUAUUACCUUUGAAAUAUCUCUGUAUCAUCUUGUAGAUAUGUAUAAUAUAAAUUAUAGCCCCUUGCGCAGUUUAAUAAAGAAAUUGUAUGGAAACUUAAAAAA